CUCUGGAAAGACAAAUUUCUAAUACCCUCGUCUUCUUCAUCCUCCCAUCACGAAUUCCUCGCAUCUUACACAGCAAUAAUACUCUGUUCGUAUACUCCAUUACACCCUCUCUCAUCCGAUCAGAUCUAUCAUUCACUCCUACACGCAAUCAAUCACUCCUUCUUCAAGCAAUCUAUUCCACAAUCGCUCAUCGUCAUUCCAACUCGAUUAACUUCCUCUUCAAGGAAUACGGCGAUGAUGUUGAUUUACAGAAUUGUGCGAUCGAGUGAAUCUUCAAUUAUUUGCUUUAGGUUGCUUUAAUGACUGAUGUUUCUUCCCCUAUGAAUUUCACUGUUUCAACAUCACGAGGCUCUCAACAACCGCAUUUUGCAGCAUUUGAGCCCCCAAUGGAUGCUAUCUAUGAUCCCUCCGGCAAUUCAAAUUCAGAUAUUGAUGGGAGCGAAGUGAAUUUAUUAUCAGUAUCGUGGAACCAAGAUUAUGGCUGUUUUGCUGCUGGUACAAACCAUGGUUUUCGUAUAUACAACUGUGAUCCUUUCAAAGAAACCUUCAGGCGUGAUUUAAAAAGUGGAGGAUUCGGAAUAAUCGAAAUGCUUUUCCGAAGCAACAUUCUAGCACUUGUUGGCGGUAAAGCUAAUACACAAUAUCCUCCAAAUAAAGUAAUAAUAUGGGACGAUCAUCAGAGUCGUUGCAUUGGUGAAUUUUCGUUUAGGUCAGAUGUUAGGGCGGUAAAAUUAAGACGUGACCAGAUCGUUGUUGUUCUUGAACAUAAAAUAUACGUUUAUAAUUUUAUGGAUCUAAAGCUUCUACAUCAGAUAGAAACGCUGGCAAACCCUAGAGGACUUUGUUGUUUAUCUCACCAGGUGAAUACGUCUGUAUUGGCUUGCCCUGGUCUACGAAGAGGACAAGUUAGAGUCGAACAUUUUGGACUAAAUAUGACAAAGUUGAUCAACGCUCAUGAUUCUCGGAUUGCGUGUUUGACCAUGACUAUGGAUGGGCUUCUUCUUGCCACCGCCAGCACAAAGGGCACAUUAAUUAGAAUUUUCAACACAAUGGACGGGACUCGAUUACAGGAGGUACGCAGAGGAGUGGAUAGAGCUGAUAUUUACGGUAUUGCCCUUUCUCCAAAUGUUCAGUGGCUGGCGGUGUCAAGUGAUAAAGGUACUGUGCAUAUAUUUAGUCUCAGAGUGCGGGUGGUAAGUGAGGAUUCAUCAACUCAAUCUACCGCUGGUCAUGCUCCACCGUUUUCACACCAGAAUUCUUCAUCUUCUCUUGAUGCCCUAAUUUCACCAAGUGCUGCUGGUGCCAAUCCUGGUUCUUCACUAUCUUUCAUGAAAGGUGUGUUGCCAAAAUACUUUAGCUCAGAAUGGUCAUUUGCUCGGUUUCACUUGCCUGAACCCACCCAGUACAUGUCAGCAUUUGGAUCACAGAACACGGUGAUUAUUGUGGGCAUGAAUGGAAGUUUCUACAGGUGCGCAUUUGAUCCUGUGAACGGCGGAGAGAUGAUACAACACGAGUAUGUUCGUUUCCUGAAAACUGAAGUCAAGUCUGGAUAAAGCACAACAAGAAUUCUGAAUUUGAAUUUCCAUAAAAUGUGAAUAUUACUUGCUUGCAUUUGUCUAAAUAAGGAGUUUGAGCUAUGAUUUUGUUUAUCUAUUGGCUUUGAGUUCA